CUCUUCCUUCUCCCACUCCUUUCCUCUCCAUCUCCAUCUCCAUUCCCAUUAUACCCCUUACCUCAACCCUCCCGCCCUCCGCAAUAAGCAACAUCGCCAAAAUGGGGCUUAUCGGUCGCACCCUCAAGCUCUCCACCUACACGGGCCUGGCCUCGGUCGGCGCUUUCUUCGCCUACACGCGCAACGACCGCUUCGAGCCCAUGACCACAACCGACUCUAUCUUCAGCCACCCCUUCUACCUCAAAUUCAACCCGUCUAAGAAUCCAACCACACAUGAUUUCUGCGUCCGCCGUGUUCCCCUGUCCGAGAUCAACCCAUCGCUACUCGAGAAGAAGGGCAAGCUCGUCGAGGCGUUUUGCGCCGGUGUUUGGAGCGGCUGGGGAUACGCAUUCCAACGAUCCUACCUCUCCCGCAAGUACGAAGCCGCCGACACCGCAUCGCACCUCUGGUCCAACGAGCAACUCUCAAACUCGACUUAUGAUGUUGGGACCUUGAUCACCGACCACUUCGAAGUCGUCGAGAAGACAUCCGACCGCAUUGUCGUUCGCUGCGGCGACUCGCCCCGUCGCCAGGACGUGCGCGGCUCCGACGGCCUCUUUGAGAUCUCCGCCGUUGUCAAGCCCGAGGAGGGAGUCGCGGAGUUCGGUCUCAAGAGCUGCUUCUACCAGGGAUUGGGCAAGGCUGAGGGACAGCCCAUGCCCCCGCAUAUUGUUUGGUUGCAUCAGCAGUACACGAAGCUAUUGGGGGAGACGGCCUUAUACAAGGUUCGGAGGUAGACGGUGGUUUGGCAGUGUGAUGGGCCUUGUAUAUAUGCGAUACGGAUAUGAUAGCGGGUAAUUGAUGGUGUUUCAUGUUGGUUGUAGGUGAGGAUCAGCCAGACACUUUUUCCAGUAACAGGUAGCCAGCCGCGUGAAUAUAUUUGCGCCUUAAAUUCUAACACGGUUAAUACGGGCAUCAAUCCGUAUCGAUCCUUAUGUGACCAUAUUUUUGCAACCCAUAUUAUUAUCUUAACAUACCCGGCUUAAUGCGCAGCAUAUUGGCGUAUCUCCUACAGCUACAGCUGACAGGAUAUACGGUAUCUGG